AUGCUCUUCAAGCUGAUCAAGCCGGCGCCGCUGACGGAGCAGAUGCGCUCCCGAGAUGGCUGCAUCUAUUUGUAUCGGACCAUGACGUUCAUUGGCUGGCAACCGCCCAAGGCGGGGCCGCAGCGCUAUUUGUAUCUGUUCUGGACCGUGAAUACGUUCUUGUGGUCGACCAUCUAUUUGCCGCUGGGCUUUCUGGGCAGCUAUAUGACAAUGAUCAAGCUGUUCACGCCGGGCCAGUUUCUCACCUCGCUGCAGGUGUGCAUCAAUGCGUAUGGCUCCUCGGUGAAGGUGGCCGUCACCUACACGAAGCUGUCGCGUCUGAUCAAGGCCAAGGAUUUGCUGGAUAAACUGGAUCUGCGCUGCACCAAGCUGGAGGAGCGCGAGAAAAUCCAUCUGGUUGUGUCGCGCGGCAAUCUUGUGUUUGUCAUCUACACAAUUGUCUACUGUGUCUAUGCGGGCUCCACGUAUCUGAGCUCCGUGCUGAGCGGUCGUCCGCCCUGGCAGAUAUACAAUCCCCUGAUUGACUGGCACAAGAACACGCUAAAUCUGUGGAUUGUCUCGACGCUCGAGUAUGUAAUCAUGUCGGGCGCCGUGCUGCAGGAUCAGCUGUCAGAUAUCUAUCCGAUCAUCUACGCGCUCCUCCUGCGCAAUCACCUGGACAUACUCAGGGAGCGCAUAAGCAAGCUGCGCACCGACGACACCAUGACCGAGGACGAGCACUACGAGGCGCUGAUCAAGUGCAUCAUAGAUCACAAGAUGAUACUCGAUUACUGCGCCCUCAUUCGUCCCGUCAUCUCGGGCACCAUUUUCACCCAGUUCCUGCUGAUUGGCCUCGUUCUCGGCCUCACCCUGAUCAAUGUGUUCUUCUUCUCGGACUCUAUACCGACGGCUAUUGCCUCGUUCGUGUUUGUCAUCACCACGUUGCUGCAGACGUUCCCCUUCUGUUACCUCUGCAAUCUGAUUAUCGACGACUGCGAAGCCCUGGCGCACGCCAUAUUUCAGAGUAAUUGGAUAGAUGCCGGCUCCCGAUACCAGUCGACCCUAUUGUAUUUUCUACACAAUGUGCAGCAGCCCAUCGUUUUCAUAGCCGGCGGCAUCUUGCCGAUAUCAAUGAGCAGCAACAUCAGCGUUGCUAAAUUUGCCUUUUCGGUCAUAACCAUCACGAAGCAAAUGAAUAUUGCGGAUAAAUUUAAGACCGAAUAA